AUCAGCUGACGCCGCCUUGGCUGUGUUGUGACAGGGAGGCGGCGGAAGAGGAGACGGCGGAGAAAGGAGAUAGAGUCGGUAACCGCAACCUCAGGGACUGGGAAUGUACGCGGUUUAAUUCAGAGACAUUCAGCACUGUGUUGGGGAUGUGAAUGGAGAUGGAAGGCUUUGGGGAGAUGAAGCCCUGGGGGAAACUGAGCAGGCUGCUGGGAGCUGAAACAGAAUCUGCAUCUGAACUCCUUCUUUGCAAAAGGGAAUGGACGAUAGGAAGGAAAAAAGCCUGUGACCUCUCCUUCCCUGGCAACAAGUUGGUUUCUGGGGAACACUGCAAAAUCACAGUGGAUGAAGAAUCCGGGCUUGUUUCCUUAGAAGACACCAGCACAAAUGGCACGGUGAUUAACAGGCUGAAGCUGGUGAAGAAACAGUCGUACCCGCUGAAAAACGGGGAUGUGAUCUAUCUUGUUUAUAAGAAAAAUGAGCCAGAGCAAAAUGUUGCAUAUAUGUAUAAAUCUUUGAAUGAAGCACAGGACAGUAUGCAAGAGAAAGAAGAUACCUCAGGCACUGAGGAAAUCGAUAAGACCGUGUCAUCUUCUCAGGACACGCUUAUGUCUUAUGAAGAACCUCGGCCAUCAACAUCCACCUCCAACCUCUUCAGCACACCUACUACCUCUGCCAGCGAGCCAUCAUCUGCACUGCAGUUUCAGCCAUUCUCAGCAGGGACUGAAUUAGUAGCUACUGUAGCACAACCUCAACACGAUGAGGAGUCUCAAGCCAGAGUUGGUGGUUCUGGUCUCGCUCCAGAUAACAGACAGACAGCUGCAGGACAUCUCCUUACGGAUACCGUGCAAACAGCAGAGCAAGGCGAUCUUCCACCUCCAAAAAAGAGGCUCAGGACAGAGGAUGACUGCUCAGAAAAUCCUGCAACUUCCGAUACUUCAAAAUGUGCAGCGGAGGAAAUGAAGGGUGCGAGUGUGAAGCCGGACAAGAUGGAAGAGACGUUGACCUGUAUCAUCUGUCAAGAGUUGUUGCAUGACUGUGUCAGUUUGCAGCCCUGCAUGCACACGUUCUGUGCUGCCUGCUACUCCGGCUGGAUGGAGCGUUCCUCCCUCUGUCCCACCUGCCGCUGUCCAGUCGAGCGCAUCUGCAAAAACCACAUACUGAACAACCUGGUCGAAGCCUAUCUGCUCCAGCACCCAGAUAAGUGCCGAAGUGAGGAAGACCGACGCAGCAUGGAUGCACGGAACAAAAUCACACAGGACAUGCUGCAGCCCAAAGUACGCCGGUCUUUCUCGGAUGAGGAGGGAAGUUCGGAGGAUCUGCUGGAGCUUUCUGAUGUGGACAGUGAAUCCUCAGAUAUAAGCCAGCCUUACACAGUGUGCCGGCAGUGCCCAGGGUAUGGCAGGCACAGUAUGCCGCCGCCACCACCACCACCACCGUAUCUGUCACCACCUGAAGCUCUAGGUGAUGCUCCCUCUACCUCCUCCAACUUUCCCUCAGCUGUCCAGGAAUAUGUAUGUCCUUCCCAGGGAAGUCACGUGAUCUGCACCUGCUGCUUCCAGCCAAUGCCCGACCGGAGGGCAGAAAGGGAGCAAAACCCCCAUGUCGCACCCCAACAAUGCACUGUGUGUUUACAGCCGUUCUGUCACAUGUACUGGGGAUGUACCAGGAUGGGCUGUUUUGGAUGUCUAGCUCCAUUCUGUGAAUUAAAUCUUGGAGAGAAAUGUUUGGAUUCUGUACUUAACAACAAUAAUUAUGAGUCAGACAUUCUUAAGAAUUACCUGGCAUCCAGAGGCUUGACGUGGAAGGACUUGCUUAAUGAAAGCCUUGCAGCUGUCCAGAGAGGGUCUUUUAUGCUUCCAGACUACAGGAUAAAUGGAUCUACUGUGCUCUGCUACUUCUGUGGCUUGCGAAACUUUAGAGAUCUAACUUACCAGUACAGGCAAAACAUCCCAGCUGCUGACUUACCAGUCUCGGUGACAUCUCGGCCAAAUUGCUACUGGGGACGCAACUGCAGAACUCAGGUCAAAGCGCACCAUGCAAUGAAAUUCAACCAUAUAUGUGAACAAACACGCUUCAAGAACUGAAUGGUUUUUGGCGCUUAGGAUUUAAGCCAACUACAAUCAACCCGCUACUGGAUGUGCUUCUCCGCUUUCCCGGCUGGAGUGUUGAGGAUUAACCUGAACGUUCCACUAUCUGUGAACUCCGUAGUCAAAGGGCUGUUGACAGCUUCACACAUUGAUGGCAGUUGUGUCACACACAUGUAACUUUACACAAAGUGACCUAAACCUAACUGUGCUAAUGUAUUCAAUAUCUAGAGACCGAUGGGAUCUUUGUGUGUAAUCCAGAGGAAGGGGCAGGGAUGAUAAAAGCUGGAUUUGUCACGUGUCAUUAAAAACAAUUUAAUUCUGGAGUAGAAUAUCCUUGAAGUUUGUAAACUUUUCAUCUGUGGGCAAUGAGGCAGCAGCCGUGCCCCAUGAAUGUUAUAACUGACCUUUGAAAUUCUUGUUCUUUGGUUACUAACAAACAUUUGUGUUAUUUAAAAAACAAA